GAAAAGUGCGCUCGUUAUUUGAAUCGUUCGGCGGGGAAGAGGUCCGUGACUGUUUCGUUUUCAAUUUUUUUGGUUCUUUCGGUCGUUCCCGCCCACAUGGGUUUCCGGCGGCUGUUUUUCGACGGGACUUGACUGGAAUCAGCAUGAACCGCCAAACGACCUGAACCUGGAUGCAAUCUACAAUGACGGCCGACGUCGUCACCACCGAAUGGCCAGUGGCGAACGUCACUGCGAGCCCUAGCGCGACGGAACCCGUACUGCCCACUACCGAAACCAUGUACCCCCUGGAACUGGUGAUACCGUUCACCAUAGUGUACGCGGCCAUUUUCGUCACGGGCGUGGUCGGCAACAUCAGUACAUGUGUAGUGAUCGCCAAAAACAAAUCGAUGCACACGGCGACGAACUAUUAUCUCUUCAGUCUCGCCGUGUCGGACAUGUUGCUGUUGAUCUCGGGACUUCCGCCGGAAAUGUACAGGAUAUGGAGUCCGGACACGUACAUUUUCGGUCAAGUCAUUUGCUUCCUUCAGGGAUUCUCGGCCGAAACGUCCGCCAAUGCCACGGUGUUAACGAUCACCGCCUUCACUGCGGAGCGAUACCUGGCCAUCUGCCACCCGUUCCUGUCGCACACCAUGUCGAAGCUAUCGCGCGCCAUCCGCAUCAUCGUCGCCAUCUGGGUGGUGGCCUUGACCCUGGCCGUACCUCAGGCCAUUCAGUUCGGCAUCGAGGUCGAACACGGCGAAGACGGUUUGAUGAACAGCCACUGCACGGUGGUGUCGAAGAUCUUCGACCACGCGUUCGAGGUAUCGACGAUCGUGUUCUUCGUCGCUCCCAUGACCUUGAUCACCGUCCUUUACAUCCUGAUCGGGCGUCAGCUGAAGAAGUCGACGGCCAAGAGGCCGUCGAUGACCCACAACAGCAACUCGGCGACCGGGAAUUCCGCGUACAGCGCGGAGUCUGCCAAAAAGAGACUGCGCCACACCCAGGCUCAGAAUAGGGUCGUUAAAAUGUUGAUUGCUGUGGUGGCAGCCUUCUUCAUAUGUUGGGCCCCGUUUCAUGCUCAACGGCUGUUCGCUGUGUACCUAUCGGGCGCGUCACCGGAAGCCCAGAACACGUACCUGCAAAUGUAUCUGUACUUGAUGUACACCUCGGGAGUUUUGUACUUCCUGUCCACCUGCAUUAACCCGCUACUCUACCACAUCAUGUCUAACAAGUACAGGAACGCAUUCAAGAAAACGUUCCACAACUUCUGUCACCCGACCAGGAACAGUCAGUACCGCCAACCGUACUCGGUAAGGCUGACCAAGAAGGCGGAUUUUUUAGGCGGGAAGCAGCGAACAGCAGAAACGAAAAUUUCCUCUAACUCGACGUCAAGGCUGAGCCCCCAAACGUCCGAGACGAGUUUCAGCUCGUCGAAGAUCGAACACAGCCACGCCCUGCUCGCGAGAAACGACGCCAGGGCGACGGGGGGAGGCGGCGGCAAGCGGGGACCCGGGUGCAGUUCCGCGUUCAAGACCAGAUUCUUGAGGAUGUUUAAAUCGAGCCUCGGGCAGACGUACCUGUACCAGGGGACGAGCCAGAACGGCUCCCACACGAUCAGCAACUCCAGCCUAAAGGACACCGACGAGAUGGACAUGGUGUGCGCCGACUUGGUGAAGCACAUGAAGCAAGUGAACGAACUGCUGUGAGACGAGGCCCACCCCCGCAGGGGCAGCGUUUAUUGACUUUGAAUGGGCCGAAGAAAAUUGGAUUGAAAAACGAACGCGCAAGCGCCUUACGCUGACGUCUCAACGAAGUUGGCGCGUUUGGGGCGGGACUUUCACUCUCCUUAAUGUUUCCCAAAUAAAUAAUUUCUCUAAAUAAGAAAAAAACUUCUGAUGCCGCCCCCGCGCGGGCAGAAAAAUAUGUACUUAAAUCGACAUCGAGGGUAAUGUUAUCGAAUAAAUAAGCUUUAAAUGUUUGUUGUUAUCAUACGGCGUAUAUACAUAUGGUACAAUCUCAAAAAAUCUUUGAGUUCGCAUGUGCUCAUGGAAAGAUCAUUGUCAAAAUCCAAAAAUUUUGGAAUAGCCGACUUAAUGUUGUCCACGAAUCUCCGACCUAAAAGGUGCAGUGUAAGAAAGAAAUGGUUGAACUGGGUAAAUAAUAAUUAAAGAGCAGUGUCAUAAACUCCAAGUUAAAAUGUUUAUAAGAACGAAAUAGAGUUGUAAAAUAAUUAAAUAAAUAUCUGACUUUUAAUGUGCUCCCUGUAAAUUUCGUUGAGAAUUACCAACAGCUGAAAAUCGAUUGUCGAAAUCUUCCAAAGCAUUCUAUGAAAUAUUAUAUCGGUUAUUUGCUAUUUCAAGCAAACGGCGGAUCCUACUGUACCGUGCGUUCAAUUUAUCUUGAUAACAUUUUAAUUGGCUGUAACUUUUUUGUUUUUAGAGAUAUCAAGGUAAACAAAAACAAAAUGUAAGGUUAGUUUUUCUGAUAAAUAAGCCUACAUCAUAUUUUUUAAAUGUAUAUUAUAUAUGUGUUUAAUAGAAUAUCUUAUUCCGAUUACAAUGAUGUAACAGACUUAUAUUUUAGUGCACUCGUUGUUGACAAAUCGGAAAAAAUAGGACACUUGAUUUCAAAGAGUGCCGUGACUGACCGCAGCAACAAUAAUUAUUUACAAAUCAAAGUAGAACAAAAAAAAAACUAAAAAUGACAAGACAGACUAAACUAAAAAAUUCUUUAACUAUUCUAAAUUCCAAAUUCGCGAAAAAACAUUUUAACCAUGAUGACUUGGACAAUAAUUCAACCAUCAGUGUUGUUCACUAAUACGUCAAACAUAAACAUAAUUUUAUUUGUUUUGUUAUAAAAAUUUCUUAUUUUUGCGGAUUUGUCAAAAACGAGUGGACGAAAAUAUAAAGUGUGUUACAGCUUAUAUGUUUUGUUUUAUACGUCACUUGGAAAAAAACUUGGCUACUGUUUUGUGUUUACCUUGAUACAUUUAAAAACAAAAAAGUUAUAACCAAUUAAAAUGUUAAGAUUCAUUCCAAGUCUUGAUAUAAUUAAAGCAGCAUACAUAUGCAUAUGGAAAUCAAUGGAAUUUAAAUUUUCAGUGGUCAGUGUAUGUUCAAAUUGAUUAUGACUGUACUGAUCCUAUAGAGGAUAUCACAAAGUUCUGUAUAUACAUAUGUGUACCUCUUAAAACUCCAAAAAGGUAACUUGAUCUGUCGAACUUAAAUGACAAUUUGUUAUAAACAUACGACAAACUUGAUGUACACCAUGGAAAAAGAAAUGUUUAUAUAUCGCACAAAUAAAUGAAUGUAUGUUGGAUAUAAGUAGUAACUUUAUUCUUCCUCCAACUUCAACCACAACCGAGCACAAGCUAUACAUCCACAAUUA